CUAAACUAUAAUGUGUGUUGUACUGUAAAAAAUACCCAUGUUAUAAUUAUAGCGAUAUAAAUUAACACAAGUUUACAAUAAUAACAAAAUAACACAAAUUGUUUGCAUAAAUUUAUUUUCAAUGUCUGACAACUCAUCUCAAACCCAAACGCACCGGUAUUUCGCUGUAAUAAUAAUAUCUCUGGAGAUGAGAUAAUCCCGUUGUCUCUUGUGAUACCAUUCCUCCUGAGGGGACGAACAGACAGACACCUUCACACACAUCACACCCACCCCUUCCACAGCACUGACCACAUCAUGACUGUCAGCACACAAGAUAACGGUCACGACAACACUCAAGACAUGAACAAAUUGAUCGAUUGUCUCAUCAAUUAUGCCAAAGAGUAUCACAUUAAACGUUUGGAUCCGUUUUACAUGAGAGAGAAACAUACCAUCGAUUUUAAUGAAUACGGAAUCGUCGCCAGAAUCCUAAUCACUGGACACAUGUGUUUACUCAUACUAUUGACACUCAUAAGCCAAACACUGGCAGGUCGGUGCCCGCAAUCCACCCGGGUGCUUCACCCGUGCCACUGUCACGCGGACACCCAUACCAUCGAGUGCGGCCCAUCGCCCAUCAAAUACAGCCUACGGCACGUGUUUCACGCCCUGAGCGAACACAUGGCCGACAGACCCCAACCCGAGCGACAAUUCCGGACCCUAUUGUUCAACAACCCGGCGAUCGAGGACUGGGAGUCCAACCUAUUGGGCGACAUAUCGUUUCACAACAUCACUAUCGACAACGCCCGGGCCCUCACGCGGAUAGCCAGCAACGCGUUCAAUCGCACGGGGGGUCAGGUGCGCACAUUCACCGUCCAGGGGCCCAAUCGACUGGGCGCCCAGCAGUACGUCAACCAACUGUUUGACGCCCUGAGCAGUUUGGCGAACAUCCGGGAGGUUAGCCUCGAGCUGCCGGCCCUCCGAUCGUUCCCCUCCUACGCGUUUGUGACGCCCAUUUCGGGCGCAAAACAGGCCAAGUUUGAACGAUUCUGGCUCCGGGCGCCCCGUCUACACACCGUACCUAACUAUGCCUUUUACGAGCUGCACGCCCUGCGGUGGGUCACCGUACGGGCCGACCGCCUGAGCCGUGUCGAGGCCCACGCGUUUGACUUUGAAUGGCCCGCCAAUCACGUACUGCACGUCGACCUACAGCACAAUCGGAUGCCCGAGUCUAGCGUCGAGUCGGACUGUUUUAUGGACACUAAACGCCCGGUGCGACUACUGCUCGGCCAUAAUGGGUGGCAAUCGGUGGCCAGGGCUGUGUUUGAGCCCCUGCUAAACACCGAUCCACGCAACGUGAUUGACCUGGCUGGCAAUCCGUUAAGGUGCGAUUGCCGUAUAGCGUGGCUUAUCCGGGAGCCUGAGCUCUAUAGGAAACAGUUAGUGAAUGGCCAUUGUGUGGGUGAUAAUGGGGGUGGUAUGGGUGCCAGUGGGGUGGCUGUGACAGAUGGUAACACUACUGCCGGUGCCGGUGCUGUGUCUGUGGUGAAUGUGUGGUCGCUGGACGAGAGCCGGUACGCCCGGUGCGACCCCCAUAAUAACGGCGGUUAUCAUAACUAUACGCCCGAAUUGGUGCUUAAGAUGUCCUCAUCGGGUGUGGCCGUCGGCACCGGUGGUUAUCUGAGCGCCGGUGGCUGUUAUGGCCCGACCCUAUUAUAUUAG